CUGUGCAUUCAGUCCAGUUGGAAGAAUCAAGGCGGGUCUGUUGGAGCUCAACUUUUUUUUCUCUUCUGUCGUCCCUGACUUCUGACGGGAGUUGUGCACGUGACCCCCUCACACUGGCCGUGACGGGGAGGUGAGUUUGUGGGGGUAGUUAAGGCGGCGGAAUGUCUCCCCUCUCUCAGCCUCCCUCUCUCCCGUGCCUGCUGCGCACCGCGCGCUCGCUUCUGAAGGCGCAGAGAGGACCAACUCCACUUCCUUCAUCUAAACCUCGACGAGGCGCGCUCUAAAGGGAGACUUUGAGCUGAAGGAGCAGCAACGAGACGUCGGAGGUAAAAAGGAACAACUUUUACGCGUCGAGUUCAAGAAGCGAAACCACUUGUGGAUCAGAAGUGAGCAGCACUGCAGUAGGUUUCAUGCUUGUCCAGCUGCAGUAACCACGGCGGCAUGGACGCAGUCAUCACCAACUUCAGCGUUCACAACUUGUCAGAAAAGUCUUUGGAAACCUUAAACUACAGCUGCCGCUUCGACGAGGAGUUCAAGUACAUCUUGCUUCCUGUGUCUUACGGCCUGGUGUUUGUGGUGGGCUUCCUCCUCAAUGCCAUCGCUUUGUGGAUCUUCCUCAAGAUGCGGCCGUGGAACCCGAGCAUGGUCUUCAUGUUCCACCUGUCCCUGUCAGACUUUUUGUACGUCCUUUCCUUGCCUACUCUGAUCUACUACUACGCCCACCGCAACCACUGGCCGUUUGGCGUGGCCAUCUGCAAGAUUGUCCGUUUCCUUUUUUACGCCAACCUCUACUGCAGCAUCCUCUUCCUCACCUGCAUCAGCGUGCACCGCUACCUCGGCAUCUGCCACCCCAUCAAGGCGCUGACUUUGGUGAAGUCUCGCCACGCCCACAUAGUGUGCGCGUCAGUGUGGGCGGUGGUGACCGUGUGUCUCAUCCCCAACAUCAUCUUCGUCACCACCUCCAGGAGGGACAAUGACACUGUGUGCCACGACACAACGAGUCAGGGGGCCUUUGAGGAGUACGUGGACUACAGCUCUGUCGUCAUGGUGCUGCUGUUUGGCGUCCCGUUCCUGGUCAUCAUGGUGUGCUACUGCCUGAUGGCGCGGACUCUGUGCCGCCCCAGACGAGGGCUGUCUGCCAGCCAGCAGGGCAAGAGCUCACGGCAGAAGUCAAUCAAGCUCAUCAUUGUGGUUCUGGUGGUGUUUGCUGUGAGCUUCGUCCCCUUCCACAUCACCCGGACCAUCUACUACACCGCCCGCGUGCUGGACCUCAACUGCGAAUUCCUGAACAUCGUCAACUUUACCUACAAGAUCACCCGACCGUUGGCGAGCAUGAACAGCUGCAUCGAUCCCAUCCUGUAUUUCUUAGCCGGGGAUCACUACCGCUCCAAGCUGAUGUUCGCUCUGACGCGAAAACGACAAAUGACAACCAGCCAAAGACCUGAUCCGCCGGCGCCACCCAACAACAGCAACAUGAGUCUGAUUUAUAAGAACUCAGACCUUAAAACCAGGUCUGAGGCAGAGAAAUAGAGGACUGGACUCAACCAUGUACCACACAGAAAAUAUUAGCUGUAAUUCGUGUGUUGCAGGGCGCUGGCUCCUGUCUCUCAGCAGGCUCUCUGUUUUUAGUUCAUGUGGGAUGCAAAGUUUUCUUUUUUACAAAAGACUGUUCUUUUUUGUGUGUGGCUGCUGUCCCAGCCAAGAAGCUUAACUUCCAGAGAGAAAAGUGAAACUUUACUGUUAGAGAAGAAACAUUGUUACAGGUGGUGUAAAAAAAGAUUUAAAAAAUCAGUGUCACAGAUCUCCAGCUGUGGACAUAUGGGAGAGCGCAGCCCGAGUGCUUUCUCAGACAGCAGACAGCAGUGAGGCAAUCCUUCCUGUUUUAUCAGCAGUGUUUUGUGUUACCCAGAAACUGCAGCUCCAAAUCCCAGUCCAGCUGUUUUUGUUCCUCAAUCCUCACAGCAUUCUCUUCCCAACCGUGAAGAACGACUGUACAGCCGCUCCGCUGUCAAAGCGACCCUUACCUCAGCAGUGGGAGAGAAGGUUUUCCUCUUCCUCUCAUCUCCUGUGGGAGCGAUGCAUGUAAAAUUCCACAGGACCAGGAGUUAGGCCAAUCCAAAUUCUUCCCUUCUCCCUUCCCCUUCAUUUAGCCCUCCAAACAGAGAGUUAUGAAAAAAUAGAGUCUCAUAUUUCAGAUGUCGCUUUCGUCGAUGACGUCACCAAUAAUCGCCGGUCCGCUAGUGUUACCGUGGAGCUUCCAGCGCUUGAAUAUCCACAACAACAGCAGUUUUAUAACUUUAAAAAGGUCGUGCUAAAACAAAAAGUCAUUCCUUACGUUUAAAUGUAAACGUCUGUGGUUCAGAGCGAACCCACGUGAAGAAAAGCGCUUCUUAGCGUGCCACGGUUUAGCUCGCAUGGUGAGGACUUUGUGUCCCUCCAUUCGGAGAGUCAGAUUUAAAAAAAAAAAUACAUUUACUUCAGGAUAAAGUCUUCCUUCAAGUAGAGGGGAACGGAGAAGGGAAGAAUUUGGAUUGGGUCUUAGAAAGUUUUACUCAGAUUUCAUUUAUUUUUAUUUCCAGCUUGAGGUGUGUCUCUAAGUUGAUGAAAUCAGUCUAUUCACAAGUUCCAAUUUUAUCCUUGAAAGUCAAAGAUCUGAUUAUGUUUUGAAGUAUUUUGCUGUAAAAACAGAAAAAGUAUUUUAGACAAAACAUUAGACCUGUUUGGACCUUUGAAAAGAUAGUCAAAACCUGAUGAUAGCACUCUUUUCGGAAAUGCUGUUUGCAGAGUAAAACUAAGGGUUGAUCAUCUGGAGCAACGAAUAUAUUUUUUAAGAAUAUCCCUUAAAUAAAGAAAAAAAAAGAACCCCAUAAGUUCACUCUAACCCCAAACUCUUCCAUACUUCAUCCAAAUCAUGGUUAUCUCUGGUUAAUAUUUGCCUUCACUUGACAUCUGUGAGUUUGUUUUGCAGUUUUUGGUCAUCUUUGAAUGUAUUUUACUAUUUUUUUGUUUUAUAGUGUUGAUUUUUUGAUCAACAUCUUUAUGUCUUUCUGUUAAGGGAGAUUUUACGCUCAGGGAUCCUGUAAGGGUAGCUCAACAGCGCCUCCACGUGGCCACCUAUGGUUCACAUCAGCAGUGGAGCAGUACAGCUUUUUCUUGCAUGUUUUUUUAAAUAUAUAUUAUACUUUGUUAAUAAAUAACUCAAAACGAUAAAACAUUUGUGUUUGGUGUUGUAUGGUUCUGAGCUGUGACCUGCAUGAGCAAUGGAGAUGAGAUAAAAUCAUAAACAUAAAAAAAGAAGAUGUGAUCAAACUACCCAGAAAAAUAUUUAUUAGCAAAAACAUUUUGUAAUUUUCUUCAUGGCAGACGUGUUUUUGUGUGCUGCAUGAGAUCAGUUGAUCUGCUACAGAUGAGACAAAAUUGUCCUGUUUACAGCUUUCCUUAUGUCCUCAGUAAAUAACAAACUAAUUAUAUAGAAAAUUGCAUUUCAGUCCCAAUCUGGCCAAGCAUAUUUUUGCACCCGUUCAAAUCCAUGCUUUUCUCUGUGUAUAAUGCCAUAAUACCAGGGACACACAGAGAAAAACAAAGUUUUAGGAUAAAAUCACCUUUAAAAUGUAGGAAUUAUCUCCUUUUUUAUUACACUCUUGGAAUUGUUGGAUUUUAUUAAAAAUUUCUAAUUUUGUUUUGUACAACAAAACUGCUGAAGAAGACAUCUCGAUUUUAGUUUUUAUUUUAAAUGACAAAAAAG